GGGGGCGGCGGAGGCGGCGGGGCAGCUAACCCCGCCGGAGGGGACGCGGCUGUGGCUGGCGACGAGGAGCGGAAAGUCGGGCUGGCGCCAGGAGAUGUGGAGCAAGUCACCUUGGCGCUAGGGGCCGGGGCCGACAAAGACGGGACCCUGCUGCUGGAGGGCGGUGGCCGCGAAGAGGGGCAGCGGAGGACCCCGCAGGGCAUCGGGCUCCUGGCCAAGACCCCCCUGAGCCGCCCAGUCAAGAGGAACAACGCCAAGUACAGGCGCAUCCAAACUUUGAUCUACGACGCCCUGGAGAGACCGCGGGGCUGGGCGCUGCUCUACCACGCGCUCGUGUUCCUGAUUGUCCUGGGAUGCUUGAUUCUGGCUGUGCUCACCACCUUCAAGGAGUACGAGACUGUGUCUGGAGACUGGCUUUUGCUGCUGGAGACAUUUGCUAUUUUCAUUUUUGGAGCUGAGUUUGCUUUGAGGAUCUGGGCCGCCGGAUGUUGCUGUCGAUACAAAGGCUGGCGCGGACGGCUGAAGUUUGCCAGGAAGCCCCUGUGCAUGUUGGACAUCUUCGUGCUGAUUGCCUCUGUGCCCGUGGUUGCCGUGGGAAACCAGGGCAAUGUCCUGGCCACCUCCCUGCGAAGCCUGCGCUUCCUGCAGAUCCUGCGCAUGCUGCGGAUGGACAGGAGGGGCGGCACCUGGAAGCUCCUGGGCUCAGCUAUCUGUGCCCACAGCAAAGAACUCAUCACUGCCUGGUACAUCGGCUUCCUGACACUCAUCCUUUCUUCAUUUCUUGUCUACCUGGUGGAGAAGGAUGUGCCAGAGGUGGACGCCCAAGGAGAGGAGAUGAAAGAGGAGUUUGAGACCUAUGCAGAUGCCCUGUGGUGGGGUCUGAUCACACUGGCCACCAUCGGCUACGGAGACAAGACACCUAAAACCUGGGAAGGACGUCUGAUUGCUGCCACCUUUUCCUUAAUUGGCGUCUCCUUUUUUGCCCUUCCAGCAGGCAUCCUUGGCUCAGGACUGGCACUCAAGGUACAGGAGCAGCACCGUCAGAAGCACUUUGAGAAGAGAAGGAAGCCAGCCGCUGAGCUCAUCCAGGCUGCCUGGAGAUAUUAUGCUACCAACCCCAAUAGGAUUGAUCUGGUGGCAACCUGGAGAUUUUAUGAAUCAGUUGUCUCUUUCCCAUUCUUCAGGAAAGAACAGCUGGAAGCAGCAGCCAGCCAAAAGCUGGGUCUCUUGGAUCGGGUUCGCCUUUCUAAUCCUCGUGGUAGCAAUACUAAAGGAAAGCUAUUUACCCCUCUGAAUGUAGAUGCCAUAGAAGAAAGCCCUUCUAAAGAACCAAAACCCGUGGGCUUAAACAAUAAAGAGCGUUUCCGCACCGCCUUCCGCAUGAAAGCCUACGCUUUCUGGCAGAGUUCUGAAGAUGCUGGGACAGGCGAUCCCAUGGCAGAAGACAGGGGCUAUGGGAAUGACUUCCUCAUUGAAGACAUGAUCCCCACCCUAAAGGCUGCCAUCCGAGCUGUCAGAAUUCUCCAAUUUCGCCUAUAUAAAAAAAAGUUCAAGGAGACCUUGAGGCCUUAUGAUGUGAAAGACGUGAUUGAGCAGUAUUCCGCAGGACAUCUUGACAUGCUUUCCAGAAUAAAGUACCUUCAGACGAGAAUAGAUAUGAUUUUCACCCCUGGACCUCCAUCCACUCCAAAGCAUAAGAAGUCUCAGAAAGGCUCAGCAUUUACCUACCCAUCCCAGCAGUCUCCAAGGAAUGAACCAUAUGUAGCCAGAGCAGCCACAUCAGAAACUGAAGACCAAAGCAUGAUGGGGAAGUUUGUAAAAGUUGAAAGACAGGUUCACGACAUGGGGAAGAAGCUGGACUUCCUUGUGGACAUGCACAUGCAGCACAUGGAACGCCUGCAGGUCCAUGUCACGGAGUACUACCCGACGAAGGGGGCCUCGUCCCCGGCAGAAGGGGAGAAGAAAGAGGACAACAGGUAUUCUGAUUUGAAAACCAUCAUCUGCAACUACUCAGAGACAGGCCCCCCAGACCCACCCUACAGCUUCCACCAGGUGCCCAUCGACAGAGUCGGCCCCUAUGGGUAUUUUUCACGUGACCCUGUGAACCUGACCCAAGGGGGACCCAGUUCGACAAAGGCUCAGCCCACCCUUCCCUCCUCGGGAAGUACAUAUGCAGAGAGGCCCACAGUUCUGCCCAUCUUGACUCUUCUGGACUCGUGCGUGAGCUACCACUCGCAGACAGAACUACAAGGCCCCUAUUCGGACCGCAUCUCACCCCGCCAGAGACGCAGCGUCACUAGGGACAGUGACACGCCUCUGUCCCUCAUGUCCGUCAACCACGAGGAGCUGGAGCGGUCUCCGAGCGGCUUCAGCAUCUCCCAGGACAGAGAUGAUUAUAUGUUUGGCCCCAGUGGGGGAUCGAGCUGGAUGAGGGAGAAGAGGUACUUGGCUGAGGGGGAGACGGACACAGACACAGACCCCUUCACGCCUAGUGGUUCUAUGCCUAUGUCAUCCACUGGGGAUGGCAUUUCGGAUUCUAUAUGGACCCCUUCCAACAAGCCCACUUAGAAAGGGUCACUGGAUGACUCCUGGUACUGUAGACAGACUUUGUACAGCUCACUUACUCUCACGCCUAGCACCUACCAUGGUGUAAGUGGCUGUGUCAAGCGCAUGCAUGUGCGCGGUGGCCCCCCCUACAAGCAGGGGCUUCUCACAGCCUUCUUCCUCCCUGUGUCACUGCAACAGAGUCGCUUCCUUUUCAGCAUGGUUUGCAUGACUUGACACUAUAUAAACGGCACUGUUAGUCUCUUCUAGAUACACAUUUAUCUGCUCCUCUUACUUUCAAUCAUGAUCGAACAAGUACAGGGAGACUUAUUGGUGAGCUGUGCUAUUUGUUUGGUUGGCUGGUUUGGGUUUUGAUUUGGAUAAACUGAGAGCAUAGUUUAAGUUAUUUCUAGGCUCCCUUCCCCUUUGUGUAAAAUGCUCCAGUUAAAUCAACUGUUCUCUAAAGCAAGGAAAUAAUUUUCUCAAUCAAAACAUACAGUGCAUUCCAAUGAGGCUGUCUACUGAGCAAACGGGAGGACAGGAACAAGAUAGUCAAUCAACACCCAAAGCCAAGAUUUUGAAAAUCAUUUUACUAAUGGAAGGCUGGUAAAAUUAUUUAAACACUCCCAAAAGGACUUGGUCUACUGUUUUACAGUACUGUGCCUCAGCUUCCUCAUCUGUAAGAUGUUGGUGAUCCAAAAUAUAACAUCACACGUGUUUUGGAUUGGUGAGGAGAAAUCUUACAUACAUACCACAGACACAGAAAAAAAUGGUUCCCAAUUUACGUAGCCAAAGAUAAUGAAAUUUACCAGAAGUGGGGUGCCCCCUCUAGGCAGGAGUUAUAUUUCAUGUCCUCAAAAUAAGUUUCCAACCCACUCUUCUGCCUGUACUUGAAUCCAAAGUGGAAAUUAGAAUCAAGAGCGAUCAUCUUUCCAGGUCCUCUAUUUAAAAGCGGGAGAUUUGGGCACAAGUCAAGUAACAUUUCAUAAGACACUUGGUUGUCAUGUGUAGAGUAAGGACUCCAAGCCGUCUGCCUGAUGAUGACUCACCCCUUGCCUGAGUUCCCCUCACAUUAUCCCAUUUGCACACUGGGAAGCAGAAGUUGUGCCGAGACACCAGCACUCUUUAUCCAUGAGAUAUAAUCUCCACUCUUUAUUCAAAGCGAGGAGGGUAUCUACUUUGAGUGCAAAGCAUGCUCACGUGCUGCUUUGUCGGUGGGAUCCAGGGUGGAGAAUGCAAACUAGUUAUGAAUAUGCAAAUAGGAAUCAUUCACUUUUACUCCCUCCCUUCCACCAUUUUCAAAAGGAAACUACUAGAACCACCCAAAGUCAAAAGAGUUGCUAGAGUGUCAGCCAACAGCCUAGAGAUCCCUGCCCUACUGCAGAAGGAUGGAUUCUAAGCACAAGCCACCCUGUGGCCUCCUGGGAGGUAUUGCUAUGUGCUGAAAACCUCUGAUUAAAAAAAAAAAAGGUUGAACUUUGGCUACUCUUGCUAGAUCACUACGCCACAAUAUUAGUAUCUCAGUCUUCUCAUGUAUCAAAACACUGGUUUUAAAUCAUUGCCAUGGUGACCAUUAAGGUGAUAAAAAUACCCUAAAUAUGUGUUUAUAUGCCAAUGCUGUUGCUGUGUUGUCAAGAUCCAUAGAUACCUUGGCAGACAUCUGGCUGAUGGUUUCAUAAACUCCUGAUCCUAGGAUCCUGCCCUGUGUUUGGUAGAGAUUCCUCAGCAAUUGGUUUCUUUCAAUCCACAUGCUGAGAUUGGUCCUGUACAAAGUACUGAGAAUAAGUAAUGAUGAAAGCUUGUCCUAUGAUAUAGGUACUUAAAUCGAAAUCUUUCAAUUCCACGAAGUAUGACAACACUGAGAAUGGUAAGGAAUAGCUUUCAUGGAUGGUAUCAUGAAAGGAUAUAUGGGUAAUGACCUUUAAGUUCAAGGCAGGCAAUAUAUUAAUAUAGUCACACACAUUGGAUACAUACCCUUGUGGUUUGCAAAUUGACUUUCUGACAAUCUGAAAGACAAAGGCUGUGGCCCUGUCUUCCCAGUUCUUUCAAUAUGACUUCAGAGGUGCCACUGGGACUAUAAAAAAAACUUACACCUCUUCCAAGGGACUUGAUUCUUGAAUCUGACUUUCCUAGAACUUUUUCAACAGAAAUAGCUGUCUAUCUAGCACCAAAUAUAUGCUACCCUUCUUUAUGUGUAUGAGAUUGGGUGGAAGUUAGAGAACAAUAUGUACCGUGUGAUUUUUUUUCCUAACACACUCACAUUCCUUCAGAACUUCCUAACAUUUGUAUGUUACACAUGGAGGCAUUUCUUCAGGAGUUCUGUGGAGUUCUUGGGCAAGAAUUCUGAGAACUGAAGCUUGCAUUGUUUUGCAAGCAGGCUAUAAGUAAGCAUUCUUGUUUUCCUGAUGAUUCAAAAUCAGAGGGGCAGAAAUUAGUUUGGUAUUGAUUAUCAGCUUAGCAGAUGUCAGUUGUCUGUAUCAGAUAGACACAGCCAGAUAUAUAGUGUGUAAAGGACUGCUGUGGAGAGCCCAUCUAAGAGAACAAACAGAAGAGUCCUUCUACCAUAAUAUUCAUUUAUAGAAUUCUACACCAGUGAACAAAACCUACUCAUCUAAACCUGUUGGUAUACUGCAUGGUCACCAUGGCUACCAUUGAGGAUGCAGACGUUCUAGUCCUGGGGCUGAAAUGAUGGUGUAUGUCCCAUGAAGAUCUUUUGUAAGUCUAGAAAAAAAAUCUAAGGACAGAAUAAUCCUAAAGAAUUGGAUAACAUGUACCAAAAAUCAUGCAAGUAGCUCUGCAGCUUGCUGAGGAAUUCCCAGCAGUUUUUGCAGAAACCUAGAAAUACUGACAAGCUAAUUCCAUCACAAGAACUGGGAAUAGUUUUCUUAGGUAAAAGGAUAAUCUCAUUUUAUAUAUUUGGCUGCAAUGCUUUAAAAUGUAGUACAUUUAAACUUUUAAGAAGUAGGGAUGGAGGUAUAGCUCAGUGGUAGAAUACUUGCCUACCAUACAGAAAGUUCUGGCUUUGAUUCCUAGCAUGGCACAACACACACAUACAGACACACACACACACACACACACACACACACACACACACACAUGCAUGCACACACAUUUGGGGGAUGAAUCCUAGCAAGAUAAAAAUGAAUGAGAGGAAUCAAUGCUAUUUAAAAGCUAAUUAUAUUGGGCUGAAUAAAAGUCAGUUUAAGUGUGAAAUUUGAUUAUUAAAUAUUAUACAGGUAAAUACUAAAAUCAUACAAAGACUGAAAUUGUGGGAGAAAAAGAAAAUAUUGAAUUGAGAAAACUCUUCAAUAACUAUUUUUAAAACUUAGAAUUCAGACCUACUAAAUAUGACACUGAUGUUUUGAAAUCUUAUUUUAAUGAAGUAAAUAGAGAAUACCAAAGUAUAUAGGUAAAACCAAACUAAUUAACUAACAAUUAUGCAAUUAUGUCUUCUCAUAUGCUUUAUGUACAAAGCAGUUCCUAGAUAUCGUAACUCAAGCGUAAGCAUCCUUUGAAAACAUGGCAUAACAGAAUCUACUCACAAUUUGCAAAAAUAAUUCUCAUAAUUUUAUGCUAUACUGAGAGUGUAAUAAAGAAGUAUUCAUUUGGUUAUUUCAUUUAGCAAGAUUUAUGAGGUACCACUGAACACCAAGGAUUGUGCAGCAGAAAUGCAGAGACCAGGAAUCCGGUUUCUGUUACAAGAAAGCUGGUGGCUUCAACCGUCAUUGAUCCUUUUAGACUUUUCCUACCUGAUUUUCUAUCUGCAGACAACUGUCUACUAAUAAUGCCUCCCAGAGGGGAGAAUUGGAAGUUCAACACAGAAGAAACUGGAAGCAAAAGCACUGAAUCAAAAUGAGGAUGAUCCUGUCGCCUCAGAGAAGGCAGAGAUCAUUGAAUGGAGAAUUUACUUUUGGGUUCAUCACUUUGGACUCUAAAACACCAAAUAAGUGAUGUAAGCGUGUGGGCUCUGAGAAAGGUUCCUGAAGAAAGUAUCCUUCUCCAUAUCCCUGAUGCACUGGAGGCCUGGCAAGUAGCUGAGACAUCUGUCUCACCAUAUUGACCAAAAAUGCCUUGGUACAGGUCAUGGCACAACAUCUAUUCGAAAAGAAGGAAGUCACUUUGCCAGUGAGAAUCUGCAGAUCAAAAUCCUUGGAGGAAAGAGAAGAAAUGAUCUCAGAAGUCAACUUUACUUUUGACAAGGCUGCCACAUAGACCCUGAUUCCCACAAUACAUUGCUACCCCAGAUGAUGCUGCAUAGAGUAGACCCUCUUUGGUUCUCAUGAAUAUGUUCCCAAGGCACCCAGGACCAUUGAUAUUUUCAUUGCUUUAGAGUUUGGGGGUAUCCUUAAGAAUUUAUCUUUACUUGUCUUCAAAAACAUGCUGUUGCCAGCAUGAGCUUUAACCUACAUAUGUUUUCUGCAUCAAAAAAAGAGAAAACAUUCAAAAUUCUCAUGCCGCUUUUACCCUAUUCAAAACUGAGCCGUCUAUACCCUAAACAUGACAGCAGAUAGCAACUCAGUAGUUCCCAGCUUCAGAAAUGUUAAAGACUAGAACACUUAUGAAGCUUUCAUAGGUUUUGAAAUCAUGGAGUGAUGAUGAUAGCGUCAAACAAAUGAAAGUAUAUUGAGAUGACUUGUAUAAAAAUUUGAGUUUUGAGACAUUCAAAACCAUUUCAUUCUAUUUCCAAUUUCAGUUGAGACAAUCAACUCUGUAUAAAGCCCUUAGUACAGUAA